AUGUUAUUUAAUAUCCAUUUAAUUUUCAUCUUUCAUUUUCUGAAUAAAUCGUUCGGAAUCAUAGGGACUGAAUUCGGAAGAGAAAAUGAAUGCUCGAUUCGACUUCAAACUGAUCAAGGUAUCGAAACAUGUCAAAAUCAGCAAUGCUUGCAUAUUAAAGACCCAUGGCGAGUGAUCGGUAGUCACAUACAAGAUCAACCAUGCUACGUUCAUUAUCUGCAAUUAUCUUUUACAAACUACGAUCUAUUUCUUGUUUUUAUCGAACUACAAUAUGCCAGUAAUACUUCUCUGGAUAGUUUUUUUUCCGACAACUCAACAGUACAUAAUCUGCUCGAAAUACAUAUUGACAAAAUCUAUCCGUUCAACGAUAAAUAUUUUCUAACUGAAGAUACGUUGAAUAAAUUAGGUGGACAAAAAGGCACAAUCUCGCUUUUACAAAUUGAAAUUUUCAAAUGGUAUAAUUCUCGUCUGGCAAAGAGUCAAACAAUUGAAAACGAGCUCGUUGAUUGGCAACCAUUUCAACAAAUUAUCGUUCGCUAUCCGUGUAACAUUCGCAAAUCAAUCGAACGAUUAGUUUUAGCCAAAUAUCUCGCUUAUCAAGAGCGUUCGUCGUGUCCAACACAAAUUCGCGUAACCAAUGGUGACGAACUCAUAGGACCGAGACAUUUGCCUGUUCGUAGAAGCCACCUAUAUAACUCGGACUUUGACUAUGAAUUGCAAUCUGGUGAGGGUGCACGAGUUAUUCAAUAUAGUCCGGUCGGUGAUCAAGAUAGAGUGUUCAACUCAGAUUUUAUCGGUCGACUUCGUUUCGAUUCCGAUGAUGCAGCUCGACCUGGAUGGAUGAAUCUAGCUCAAUCUGGUUCAGUAGACACUGUUCAGCGUCAUUCAAAUGGUCAACCGGAUAGAUUACCAAGCUUAGAUUUCAACGAUGAAGUUCGAGCUGAUUCAGCUCAGCAGAUUUCGAUUAGAAAUUCUGAUUAUCCAUCGAUUAGCGAUCCAAACAGAUUAUACAAUUCCGAUUAUCCAUCAAUUAGCGAUCCGAACAAAUUAUACAAUUCUGAUUUCAAUGAUAAACAUCGAUUUACUUCGAUGGAUCCAAUUCGAACUGUUCCUGAUUCAUUCAAUUCUUCGAAUUCAACAUUCGAUGAACAAUCAAACGACUCCAGUACUCUGGCAAAGAUCCUGUUGAUACUACUUAUUUUUCUCUUUGCUGCUAUUUUUAUGAUUUAUCAAUGCUGCUGUUCACGAUCACAACCAACAAUUACUCAACAAUAG